AUGUCUUGCCAGCUGUGUGGUCGUUCUCCGGGCUCGUCCCUACCCUUUUACUGCCUAACCUGCGCCCGCAACCAAAUGUAUCCUCUCCGCUUCGAAAUCGCAAAGACAUUACUGGAGAAAGAGGCCGCAGGCCAGCAAAUCGAAGAAGCGGUCAGCGAUGCAACCCGUACUGAUGAGGGUGAAAACGAGCGUCCCGGCUUGUCGAGAUGGCCCAACGAGCCUUCCAAGAUUGCUAUCGAAACGAUGCGAACCCUGACGACGCAGUCGGAGAUUCGAAAGGAGGCUAUACAAGUUCAGAUUGCCAGGCUUAGGGCUGAGAUCGAAGAAGGAAAAGAGGAGAUUGCAAAGCGGCGAGCCGCUCUCGCCAAGCGACGGUCCGACGCGGAGUCGGCGAAUUACCAGCUCUCGGAGAGGCGUGCAGCAACUUUGAAUUCUGUGCAAAAUGAAGCCAAGAAGAUUGAAAAUGCUUGGAAUAGCCUUCAUGCGAAGACUGCUGAGUCGAGGAUGUUUCUAUGUCGCGAGGUGGCCAGUCUAUAUAACCUACGCCAGAAGAGUAGGCGGAGAAAUGGGGAGAUUAUAAGCACCUAUUCUAUUGGCGGAGUGAACAUGGUUGACCCUAGAGACAUGAAUGGUGCAAGUCCAGCGCAAAUCACCACGUCACUAUCGCACAUCGCACAUCUUCUUGUUCUUGUUUCGCAUUACCUCGCGCUGCGCUUACCCGCCGAAAUCACCCUGCCACAUCGUGGAUAUCCUCUACCUACAAUAUUUCCUUCAGGAUCGUCCUAUCUCGCAAAAGACGUACCAUUUCCCGGCCUAUCUCCCUCCAAUUCCUUUAGUCCAGCGACAACGCGAGGGUCCGAUUCCCGCCCUCUGCCACGGCCACGUCCGCUCUUCCUCGAUCGUAGUCUCCCCAAACUUGCGAAAGAAGAUCCUGCGGGCUAUACUCUCUUUCUUGAAGGAGUCUCACUUUUAGCUUGGAACGUUUCGUGGGUUUGCCGGUCGCAAGGUUUACAAAUCGGACAGGACUCCUGGGAAGAUGUCUGUGAGAUGGGGCGGAAUCUAUGGCAGCUAUUAGUCGCCCCGCCAGCCUUAGCAAAGGCCUUAGCUGGUCGCGACCUGCAAGUUAAGCCGUCGAACAGCAAAGAGACUACUAGGGGCACUCUGCAGCGAACCAAGUCCCUUCCGCUGUUGGGACAUUAUUCCCAUGGCACAGCCCAUUCAUUCCUUGGAAAUGCUGAAGGGAACGAGUUUGCAAAAACGUGGAAGCUGCCAUCUGCGCUCAAAGUUGCGGACAAACUGAAGUCUACCCUCUUGGGAGAAAUAGCUUCGGCAGAAUGGGAGCUCCUGGAACAGGACGAAUGGGACGAGGCAAGUGCGGCACAGGCAGAGGACGGAGUCGUCAACGGCAAGCGCGCAUCCUCUGGGGAAGAUGACCGCGGUGAUGCUGAUACAAGGAGCACUAUCACGGUCAAAGCAGUAGUUGAGGAUGAAGAAUGUGACGUGGUGCAGAAGGAACCCGGCGAACCAGCAACUCCCACGGACACUCGGCCAAAAGGGACGAAAGGAUGGACCAAGGUGAAGAGCAGGUGA